GUGCUUGUGACAUCUGAGCAACAUGAGUCCAUUCUAUUUUUGUCCCAGCUUCUGGUUGAGACUUUUGGAGACUUUGCUUGUCAGACACUCGGCUGCCUAUUUAAAAAGAGACUGAAUCAGUCAGUUAUUCUGAUGUAUAAAUUGUGGAUCUGUGCACUGGUGCAGAUUUAAAUCGAAUGGACCCGAGUGAAGUCUGAAGAUGGAGGCUGGAUGGGAUUGAAGCCAGGCACAAGGACAUUUAGCUGAAACUCUACAAAAAUGGAGACACAUAAAGGAGUUUCAGAUCGAGGAGGAAGGACCUUCCAGAGAUUUUCUGUCGACACCAAUGAGUCCCUUCAUUUUGAACCCUGUGAGGACAGCUCUCCGUCUCCCACCGGAAUAGAGCAUGAUGAAGAUAAUGUGUUCAUUAAAGACGAAAAUGAGAGUGAAAUGACCUCAAUCAGGAACCGAUUGCAAGGCAAGGUUGCUGAGAUGGAGAACUUUGCUGGACACCUGGAGGAGAUCUUUCUUACUGUUGAGGAGAACUUUGGCCGUCAAGAGCAGCACUUGGAGCAGCACCACAAUGACGUGCUGCAGACGCUGUCCCAGCGCCACAAUGAGAGGGCUGCAGGCCUGGUGGAGGAGAAGAAGAGUAAGAUGGAGGCUCUGUACAGUCAGCUGCUCUCCUGCGGUCAAGCACUGGAUGCCUCCAAGGAGCUCAUUGAGACAGCCCAGGAGAUCUACCGCACGCCAGACAAGAGGGUGUUCCUGAAGACAGUUAUGCCCAUCAUUAAAAGAAUUGAGAUGUUUGCUAAGGAGAAGGUUGAUCUCACAUUGUCCACAAAGCUUGACUUUGAAACACCCCAAGCUGAUCUGUCUGAUGUGAAAACCAUGAUGGACUCCGUCAAUGCCGUCCCAGCUCCAUCUGCUCCGGUAAUCAACCCCCAGAUGUCCAACUCAGCCACGCAGACGUCUUUGCGUGUUUGCUGGAGUUUAUUCUCUGACGACACGGUGGAGUACUAUGACCUUUACUACAGACCCGUGCUGGAGGACACGCUAGCAGACGGCUUCUGCCAACCACAUGUAAGCACAGUAAAAGUGAAGGAGACUCACUGCACGGUGACAGAUCUGCUCCCUAACGCUCAGUAUGAGCUCUGGGUAACAGCGACCAACACCACAGGCAUCAGCCCAGCCAGUGAGAAGGCUUUAUACAUGACAGUGCCUUCGCCUCCAGUGAUCAAACAGAGGGAGUGCACGAGCUGUCCGGACGCCGCCCUGAUCCGAUGGGAGUCAGGGAACACCAAUCCUGUAGACUCCUAUACCGUGGAGCUCAGUGAGAUGGAUACAGACGGCACACAAAGUAGCAUCACUGAAUCCAUUGUUGCAGUGCCGACCUGUCAGUGUCUGAUCCAGUUGCUGUCAGGACGGCGCUACCUGAUCUCUGUAAGAGCGGUCAACAUCGGAGGGCCCAGUGACAAGAGUGACGCAGUUUACAUCUCCACAUCAGGUACGUUCUUUUACUUUCUGGAGGAAACCGCCCAUCCUUGCUUGUCCAUCUCUGAAGAUGGCUUCACUAUAUUUUAUGGAGAUGAAGAGCUGCCAAUAAGUGCCAUGGCCUUGGAUGACAGCGCAUUUACCAGGUGCGUAGCCAUCCUGGGAGAUCUGAUUCCGGUGCGAGCGAGGCAUUAUUGGGAAGUUGAAGUGGAUGAGGGGACAGAGUUUCGCAUCGGAGUUGCAUACGAGGACACGGAGAGAAACUCCUACCUCGGGGUGAACGGGUCCUCCUGGUGUAUGAGACACAUUCUGAGCUCAUCCAGGCACAAAUAUGAGUUUCUGCACAACGGCUGGAGUCCAGAUUUGAGGAUCACGGUGCAUCCGGUCCGAAUCGGAGUGGCACUGGACUACGACAGAGGAACUCUGUCCUUCUUCAAUGUGAAUCUGGAGCAGCACCUGCACACCUUCCAGUGUCACUUCAGGAAUUUGGUACAGCCCUGUUUCAGCCUCGACAACCCAGGAUCUCUCACCGUCCACAACGGCAUUGAGGCUCCCGAGUACACAUUUAUUUAAUGCAUCAAUUCCAAUGACAGUUGAUGUUUGGGACUCAGCUAAAUAAAUAUCAAUUUUAACGCCUCC